AUGUUUAUAGGAAUUAUUGGUCCCCUUUGUGCUGGAAAACAUAGCGUAGCGAAAUGGUUGGUUUCUAAGGGGUUUGUCUACCUUGGCCUAAAUCAACGCGAGCAUGCCGGUUUGGAAACGCUACUUUUCGAUAAAGAUGAAGAUAUUUUAAAUCAUGUUACGGAACAUUGGUUGCAAAAUUUUGUGACUUGCGACAUUGAGAGCAUGAGGACUUUGGAGAUAUUCAACAAGAGACCUUUUUUUAUGCUGAUAGCAGUAGAUAGUCCAAUGUCAUUACGAUACGUACGUUAUGUAAAUCGGUGUCGUGAGACUAAUCAUAAUGAACCAACAAUAGAAGAGUUUAUGGCUCAAAGUGACGAUGAACUUUAUAAGACUGCAUACUCCACAGCAUUUAACAAAAACAUGCAGGAGACAACUAUACACACAAACCUUAAUAAUCAUUCACGUCUGCAGUAUCUAGAAACACCAAUAAUUAAUUUGAUGCAGAUGGCGGAUUUGAAUGUGGUCAAUUCGUACGAUUCCCUUACCUCGUUAUACUCAUGUCUUCACAAACUUGACAUAGUCAACGCGGAACGCUUAAGACCUUCAUGGGAUACUUAUUUCAUGCGGAUGUCUGAUCUUGCGGCUAGUCGAUCUAAUUGUAUGAAGAGAAAAGUGGGAUGUAUACUGGUAAAGGAUAGUCGCGUGGUAGCCACUGGUUAUAAUGGCACCCCUCGAGGACUUAAGAAUUGCAAUGAGGGUGGCUGUCGACGAUGCAAUGAUGCGGUCCCGUGUGGAGUUGGUUUAGAUGUUUGCCUCUGUCUCCAUGCAGAAGAAAAUGCACUGUUGGAAGCAGGGCGGGGACGCGUCGCCAACGGAUUUGGUGUCAAAGAAGUGGUCUACAAUUUAUCAUAUGGAAUGGAUGAUGAAACAGCAGAAAUUUUUGAAGAGGCCGGUGUAAAGUUGAGACAACAUAGUGCGAAUAAUCAUUGA